ACUAUCAGAGAACCGGUGUUACAGUUUUAACCAAUAGUUCUGUCACUUUACUUCCUCCAGCGAUUUUGGAACGUUUACUGUUGAAAAGUGAUAUCCCAAGUAUAAAUACAGUAAAGUAUACACAGUAAAGGGUACAAAAAAGGAAAACAUUGGAUUAGUAACACGAGCCGACUGUUCAUCCCACUUUGGUAAUACGUGGCAAUGCCUGACGUCAUUAGAACGCGGCCAUCUUUCCACAGUUAGUGCGUUUGCUACUUCUCUUUUGGCUCAAUACAUUGGAAAGUGAUUGAUUUUCCACCCACUCGUUUCUCUGGAAUAUCAAGAUUUCAGGUAGGAAUACCGAAGGCCGGGAAGAUGAUGGAAGAAAGUGGAAUAGAGACCACCCCACCCGCCUCCCCUUUGCCUCCCCCUAGCAUGGCAGCCGCAGUCAACCCCCCUCCCCUGACUAUGUGCCUGUCCAGUCCCCUGUCCCUCCCCAGAACCACCGGCAUAUCCACCUUCGCCCCCGAGGGCUUCUCAACCCCCGCCCCUCUCGCUGUCUCCACCUCCAUCCCCCCUAUCCACUCCUCCGCGCCCCCUCCCUUCGGCAGCCCCAUACCCACCCUGUCCUACCCCCCUCCGCCCAUCGGGGGAGCACCUUACACCCCCAGCCCCAUGGCCUUCUCCUCCCCCUAUCCCUCCGCGCCCCCGAUGGGCGCUGUGGCCCUGCCUCCGACCGGUCCGGUGAUGGCGGCGCCACCGAUGGGCCCGCCCACCACAGGCUUUACCAUGAGUGCGGGCUAUGACAUCACGCGGGGACACGCCGGACGCACACCGCAGACGCCGCUCAUGCCCAGUUUCUCCAGCGCCGCCCCGAUGACAGGGGUAGUAUCCAACCCAAUGGUGCAACAGCCAAUGAUGUCAGGGGGUCUAGAUGCCGGCUCCCCCAUCACCUUCCCUGAGGUCGAAAACGAGGACCCCCGCCUCGCCGUAGAUGCCAACGCGGGGGGCGGCAUUUGGGGUUUCUUCAAGGGCGUGGCAGGUAACCACAUGGUAAAGACGGUCCUGGAUAAGACCAAGCACUCAGUGGAAUCCAUGAUCACCACUCUGGACCCGGGCAUGGCUCCAUACAUCAAGUCGGGCGGGGACUUGGACAUUGUGGUGACAUCAGACAAAGAGGUGAAGGUGGGGGCAGUGAGAGAUGCCUUCCAAGAGGUGUUUGGCAUGGCCAUGGUGACCGGGGAGGCCGGCCAGUCCAACAUCGCCCCGCAGCCCGUUGGCUACGCAGCCGGAGUCAAGGGGGCCCAGGAGCGCAUUGACAGCCUGCGGCGGGCGGGCGUCAUCCACGAGAAGCAGCCCGUGGUCUCUGUGGAGAACUUCAUCGCCGAGCUUUUCCCCGACAAAUGGUUUGACAUUGGCUGUCUAAUCCUGGAGGAUCCUGGAGCUGGCAUUCACAUUGAGACCUUCACUCAGGCUACGCCACUGGCCUUGGCGCACGUCCAGCAGGCCCAGUCCCUGACCCCGCCGGACUACAGCCUUCGCUGGUCGGGCCUACUGGUGACGGUGGGCGAGGUGCUGGAGCGCAACGUACCCAAUGUGUUGCGCACGGACUGGCACCAGGCCUUCACGGGCAUGUCCCGCCGCCAGAUGAUCCAGAGCGCCGCCAAGGCCCUGGCGGGCAUGUACAAGCAGCAGCUUCCACCCAGGACAAUGUGAGGUGGCACCAUAUCCCCCAGCCACCAUGUCUUUAAACUGACAACUAGGGGGAGGGAGAACCAGAGGAGGGAAGAGGGGGUUGGGCAGAAGCGGCAGCCGUUUCACCAAAUGGGAUUCCUACUCUGCUUCUAGCUGUCUGUCCUGAUUGGGCAAAAAUCCAAAUGCAAUUUUUUUCGUUAUGUUUUAUUAUUUGUUUGUAGCAAGGUUUUAUGGGUUGAAACAUUCUGACGUGCCAACUGGAUGGAGAGAAUGACGGAAGUGGAUUGUUCCUUCAAAAACAGGAAAUCAUUUAUUUCUAAAUCAACUUUUUUCCCCCAGCUAAGGCCCAGAAAGAAAUGCCGUUUUAGAGAGAGCGUAGCAAACUAGCUCAUUAAAGUAAUGGCGUUUUGUAAAUGGGGAACGAUAGUGCUUUGUCUGUUUUUGCAGGGAACUCAUUUUGACAGGUCUGGAGUUCGUCACUGAAAAUUGGUUAUAUUUCCAUUAUAGGUCCAUUAUAAUUUCUACACAUUUUCGCUUUUGGUAUUAGUCAUUUUAAAGUGUAUUGAUUUUGUCAGUACAGCUUUUUUUGCCAAUAUUUGGGCAAAUAUCAGAAUUGGGCUGCCUGUAUAAACACAGCCAUUUACUCAAACCACCUGUGGGCCAGAUUGGACCCCUGUAUGUUUGACGCCCUGUUUUUAGAGAGUAUAGCCAGUGCUAGUUGGUGUAGUAUGUCAACCACCAACCUUCCAUUUCUUUCUCCCUACCACUUGGGGGGGAGUGUGUUUUUUUCUGUAUGAAUUACCUGCAGCCUAAAUGCUAUCUUGAGAUCAUUGCAUGUAACUUAACAUUUAUCAUUGCAUUUAGCGUAUAUUUAUGCACAUCUCUCAUUGACGUCAACUUGGGAUUUACGUAAAAGUCCAUUUCACACUUAGCCUAUGUAACUCAAUGGAGGCUUUGGACUGAAUGAGCUGUAAUGUGCGCACCAAGAUAUCAGGGCCUUAAAAUCCAUUAGUUGUAAUGUUUUGUUGUGUGUGUUAAUGUAACAAUUGUUGUCUGUACAUUAACGCUACAUAGGUUAUUACAUGUACACAUACUUUACAUGUUAGUGAAGGCCAAUGAUUUUCAAAUGGAGAAGGGUGAAAUUACAUUCUUUCAUCUAUGAAUUGGAAUGAUUCCUUGGAAGGUGUUUCCUGAUAGACAAGUCAUUUUCUAUGUGAUUUAUUGGAGCUCAGUUUAUCGUAAGUCAAUUCUUUAGUUUGUCCAACAUUACCAUUCUGUUCUAUACUGUGUGAAGGCACCCCUUGCAAGAAAAACACUUUUUUGUAUUUAUUUUUACUCGAGUGAUAAGAGUGCAACAAGAAAACACAAAGCUGUAUAUGACCUCUGGGGUUGUGUUUGGAAGGCAAUCCAUUUGUUAUUCGUUGCUGCUGCCUGAGGCAGGAGUACAUUCUGUUGUCCAAAACACGGAAGUCCCAUGGUAGUGGGAUGCAACACCACUAGAUCAAGAGGUGAGUAAACAACUUUUGUCAGAUAGUUAUUCAACUAUACCAGAGAAAUACUAGGACUUUGUCUAAACUCUUUGCUUUUUAACUGGUUUUAUGUACAAAACAGUGAUUUUCUGUGUUGGGCUUUUCUUAACUCCUAAAUGUGCCUUCAUGGGGAGAGUAAAUAUCAAUUUUUGUCAUACCUAUUUGUCUCUGGUUUGCAUGGUUAUUUGGCUUCGAUAAGAACUGCCACCUAGUCAAUGUCACUGUCAAUAUUUAAGAAACUGACACCACACAUAUCUGCCCGUCACAACCAGUGUAUGCCUCAGGGUAAAGAUAUAAAGAUAUUGACAGCAACUCUGUGCUGAAUCGGGCUCCAGAGACACAAUUAACCUACGGAUCGAUGCACCAUCGCUGGAUUCGCUCUGCUUAUUUUACAGGGUUGGCAAGGUCAAGAAAAUCCUGUGAAAGUCAUAGCAUUUUAAAAUGGUGUUUUCCAGGCCUGAAAAAGUUUUGGAAAAUGAUACAAAUCUGAAAAGUCAUGGAAAUAAAGUAUUUUUUAAGUGUAAUGUA